GUGCCCCUUUAAGGGGAUGUCGCCUUUUGGUAACGUUAAUUCUGUUCAUUUGUAACAAAUUUGCAUCAAAUCAUAGGCAAACAAAAAACAAUCCUAUGUUCAAGUUCCAUUUGUAGUUUGCAACUCACCACACCAGGUGUCAUCCUAGUCCUCCUGUCUCAGUGCAGUCGCUUGUCCAUUGCUCUGUGUGGAACCAAGGCUGGACGCCGGAUUCCACCUGUAGGAGACUUUAUGUAGAUUUACUAAGGCCUUUCUGCUCAACACAUCCGACAGUACUGUAAAAAUAUGUUUAAGACCUUAAGGUCUGUCCUUUGAAACUCGAAGAUGCUGUUGUGCACACACUAACAACAUCUACACAGUACCUAAACCAAUGCAAUCUCUUCAUCAUUCCCAGAACCACAAAACUGUACAACCCCUGACCUAUGUUUUAAUAUUCCUUUCAACUUUUCGUAUCUUUUUUAAAGAGGCCAGUUUUCCGAAUUUAAUGUCAGGAUUUGACCUGUGCGUUCACACCGUGGCAAUGCAAUCACCUCGAUUUCCAAAGAUUGUCUCAAGCUGAUUAAGUAAAGCAAAAUGGUGUUGAGGUCAGUCGCGGAAGACAGCCAGAGGAGAUUAACGCUGGGAGAAGGGGGGAACUGGUGAAGGCUCGUGUUUAAUGCUAACAUCAGAAUGUUGUAUCGUUCAACAUCUGCAACAGUGUUUUGUCCCUUUUAGGGGCGUGGGGAGAGGAAGGAGGCAAGCAAUUCCCGUCCCGACCCAGGAGCAGAGAGAGGCGACCCACUAGCCACGGGAGGCGAGCUGGUGACCCUGGGGGCUGAUCAGCAAUGUUUUGUUUUUUGUGUUGCCACCUAUAUGCAUGUACUUAUUUCGACAAUAUGCAACAUGUUUCAACAGUGGGAUAUAUCUAAUUUGGACUUUGCUUGUUGUUGUAGGUAUAGGUUCAGUUUAUUUUCAUGCAACUUUGAGUUUCAUCGGUCAGAUGUUAGAUGAACUAGCAAUCCUUUGGGUUCUAAUGUGUGCGCUGGCUAUGUGGUUCCCCAGACGGUAUUUACCAAGGAUUUUCCAACGAGACAGGAGCCGAUUUAAAGCUGCUGUUGGUAUUCUAUCUGGUGUUGCCACAUGUCUUGCGUUUGUGAAACCAGCAAUCAAUAACAUCUCAUUGAUGACAUUAGGAGUCCCCUGUACAGCUCUACUUGUGGCUGAAUUAAAAAGGUGUGAAAAUGUCCGUGUUUACAAGCUGGGUCUGUUAGCAGGUUUUUGGUGGGCUCUCGCUAUAUUGUGCUGGAUUAGUGACAACCUUUUCUGUGAGCUCUGGUCUGCAUUCAACUUUCCAUACCUACAUUGUGCCUGGCAUAUUUUGAUCUGUCUGGCUGCUUAUCUGGGUUGUGUGUGUUUUGCUUACUUUGAUGCUGUCUCAGAAAUCCCAGAACAAGGUCCAGUCAUCAAGUUCUGGCCUAGCGAGAAGUGGGCCUUCAUUGGUGUUCCGUACGUUUCAUUCCUUUUUGCAGAAAACAAGUCUCAGCUAAAAGUGACCUAACGGAAAAUGUGACAGAUAGGGCAGCACAUUAUUUUGAAUGCAAGGCUAUGGAAAAGUCCAUUGCGUCAGACUGCAAGCCUCUCAGGUUAUGUACUUUGCACCUUAGAUCAAAUUUAUUAUUCUGCUCACACUUUCUCAGGGACCAUACUUUAAGCAGAUCAAAACAAACUGUUUGCGAGAGGGUGCAAGUUGCUUCUAGAACUGAGUGGAAACGUAGCAGAAUUACAGCUUUAUUUUUAAAGAAACCAUUUCAGAAAACACUGUGAAUGAAAUAUCCGAAAGUUCAAUAGAUUUCUGUAUGUACAUUUUUAGUGCACCCCUCAAAGCUUAAUUUCGAAGACAAAAAUACUUUGAAUGAAAAUCAGUGCAUACUGUGAAAACUUGAAGGAAAACCCACCUCUCAAAAGGAUUAUUAUUAGGCUUGGUUAGACUUGGAACAAAAUUUAAUAUGUGUUUCAAAUAUAAAGCAAUUAGUUGCCACAAUCAACAUCAGGAAGUAAUCUUUUGAUGGUUCCUUAACAAUUUAUGAUGAGGAAAAUGAUUUUUAAAAUGUUACUUGAAACCUACUUACACCAAGCUCAGUGUUCGAAUCCAUGGUCCUUACCACCCUCUGUCUGGCACUGAGCCAUUAGCCUGUGUCACUGAUAUCUACACAUUCUAGAAAGAUCCUACCAUAUGUUCCUGCCACAACAGCUUCCUGAAAAAUCACAGGCAGGAUCACAUCACAAACAUUGAAGUCCUGGAACCAACCAACAUCACCAGUAUCAAGGACAUCCUCCUGCCAAGCCCAAUUGGUUUGGGUGGUUCAUGCCUUCUGCAUGGCUGACAUCGUGUUGUAUUGAACAGAGGGGGGGGUCCCAUGUGAUCUUUUGAAGCACUCCCUGGAGAAGUUCCUCACAUUGACCAUUGCCUAUGGGAAGCACACACCAUUGAUCAUAAUGCCUGGAGAUGCUACAUCAGGAGUGGUACAGAUACAUUUGAGAUUGAAUGAUGAGCCAGUAUGAAUAAAGAAAAGGAGGAGAGGGAGAGAUCCAAUUGUUCCAGCAGUGACUACACCUUCACUUUCUCUUACUUGGGAGACUUUGCUGAUCUCACAUAGGCCCCUUUCUAGCCUUCAACUAAUGAGUGCAACCUUCCUAAAAUCGUCAUCCAUGAAAGAAUGCCAAAAUUUACAACAGGACUCAAGGACUUUAUUAUUGUUAAAGAAUUAAUGUUCUGACUAGUUAAUGUUUGUAUUUAAAAUGUACAAUUAUAUUGUGGUGUGUAAAAUAAUUAAUUCUACAAAUGUCAUAGACGCUAUGGAAGCUUAGUAUUUGCAAUGUAUUUCUCUUUCUUACAGAUUCAGAUUGCAGAGCUGCGGUAUCUUUUAUUUGAAUAAAGAUAAAUCCCUCAAAGAUCAGGGCCUUGAUAUACCCGUUCAAAGUGGAUUUAAUAGUUUAAAACAUGGUGGAAAUGUUAACUGUUAACAAUUAAAAUGCUCCCAGCAUUGCCCCCUCAUUUUUACCUUGUAAAGCAAAGUCUGAAUAAGAUAGUGGAUUAAUUUCAUUUUAUAACCAGGGAGAUCAAUGACUGGGUUUGGCCCUGUUAAAGUCUCAACCUAGCAUCACUGUGCACCUGUACACACAGGAUUACAUACUAUUUACAAAAGAAACACUUGUUGUGUCUGUUGACUCAAUCUCUGAACCAAGCCAACAUCAAAUUUUACUUUAAUCUUUACUUUAACAUUUAAAAUCCACUCGGGGAAGCCCAUUUUUCAAUCAGUUAUUGCUAUUGCCUGACCACUAAAAGCUGCAAAGUAUUGGUAAUGACUGAUUUCCAGUUCUGAUAAAUUACAAAUGGUGAGUUAGAGAGUUGGAUACAUGUUGACAGCAUAGCAUAUUUUAAUCUUGCAUUUAGAAUAGAAAGGAAUACUUUUAAAUAUAUCAUCACACUGUCAUUUUUAUCUCUAGUUUGAUGUUCAUUUACAUUGAUCCACUGUCAGGUGCAAACUUGUUGGCAUUCCAGUCUUUGAUGAUGUGAACAAGCUAUUUAUUUUAAAAGAAAGAAAAGUUUUGCAUUUAUCGAGCAUCUCUCACAAUCAAUGGAUAUCCCAAAGUGCUUCGCAUCCAGUGAAGUUUCAUCACUUUGUAAUGUAGAGUUCAGGACAGUCAGUCUACCAAUGAAAUUCAAGCAUCUCAAUUCUAUUUCUUAUUCAAUGGUCUGAUCUCUUUGUACUUUGUGCAGGUUGAGAAAUGGAUUACCUAAUACUGUAUCGUCACUGGGAAAUACAUUGUGAAUUGGAGCUUUAAGUAUCAAUAUCAGAAAACUGAGGUUGAUGCAAAUGAAUGGUGAUGGGAUUUAAAUUUCAUAUUUAAACCCACACUCACUUGCUAUUUGCUUCAUGGAUAGAAUCUUUAGGUCUGUAGUCAGAGACAUAGUGGCAAAUUAAACAUAUCUAAGAUUUAGUGACGUUCAGUCGGAGAUGAGCUCGGAUUGCCCGUUAUAGGUUUAGUAUUGGAAAAGGUGUAACAUGGAUUUCCUAGGCUGCUCUCAGAGAAAAGGGUCAGAGUCAUGAACAAAAACAUGAGAAAUUAGAAAUGUUUCCACUUGAUGGAUACACAACUGGAUUUCUUUGGUAGAAAUAUAACUAUUUACUACCGAAAGCUACUUUGUAUCUUUUGUGGGUCUAUUCCAUAAAUGUUUGAUGAUAUUUCAAGGUGUUGCAAUUUGAAAUAGUUCCUUUCACAUUACUAUAUAAAUUAUCCACAGUAAUGUCAGUUAGAAUAAUGGUCUCUGUUAUUAAGCUGACAAGAUGCUAUGAUAUAAACAUUAUUUCAGGAAUAGCAUUCUUGCAUUUAAAAUAUUAAUUUCACACAUUUUUGAAAAUGUUAGCCAUAUUUUGUGAUAAAGUAUAUCUUGCUUUUCAGAAAUCAGUAUUUAUAAAGGAUAUGAUGCAAAUAAUUAUUUUGUUUGAAUCAGGAGUUGCUUUGGGAUAUGUAACUAGUAAUUUAAUUUUGAUGGAAAUAAACAUUAAUUGAAUUUAUAGUCAUCAAAAUUUUAACCCAUGUGUUAAAAUCCAUUUAGAAUUAAUUCUGUGUGCAUAUUUUAAUAUAUCCACUUAAAAGUGAUUGGAAUAGACUGUUUGGUGAUGAAUGAUAUCGUGGUUAACUUAAAAAUUCAGAGUAUUUUUCAAAACAUCUUUGUUUCAUGUUUGGCUCCUUAAAAUUGCUAUAAUAAGAUAAAAGAAUAGCAUUGCAAGCUCUGAAUCUGUGGAGUUUCCCAUGUAGUUUUCAGGCUUCAUUUGUUUCUGCUUCCCAAAAUAUUUUAUUGGUUAUCCCUCUGCUAGACUUCACCAUGUUUCACAAAAUACUCAAGUGACAUUCCCCCAGUAUCACUUUGUAACUUGCUGCUGAGAGUUAUGUGUGGGUGGCUUCCUCUGAGCAGAAUUUCAACAGGUUUAUAUUCAGAUUUCCUGUUCUCAUCCAGCUUCUCACAGUGAUGUAUCAGUGAUUAGGGAAUAGCAAUUACAAUUUAUACUGUAAAGCUUUAGGAUUGCAUUAAAGCUACAAAUGCACUGCACUAUCCCUACUAUUUUGCAUUAAAAUACAGAAGCAAUAUGCAUCUGAUGACAUACUGUAUUAAAUUAGUAUAACACCUCCUCUACACCAGUGCCAUAAUUAUACCACUUAACAUUACAACACAAUCACAUCGAGGUACAGAACAAGAUUAAUGUAUUUUCUUACAUUGACAGACCAAAACAAUGAUAGGUUGUUGUAUGCUGUGCUUCAUUGUGACCACAUAGAUGCUGCUAAAGUUCAAAAUGGGUUAUUUCAGAUCUCCUUAACCUUUUCAAGAAAAGAAUGAUGAAUUAAUAUGGGAAUCUGCAUUCAUGUACUUUAUAAAGAAAAUAAGAGCUUGUACUUGUAAAUAUAAUUAGUCAUCUUUUUAACUUUUUUGUUCCUGACUAAAAGUUACACAUUUUUAUCUAAAGUAAUUAAUAAAAGAUGUUUAUACUAUAAAACAA